CAUCAGCAUCAGCAGCAUCAGCAGCUCUAUCACCAGCAUCAGCAGCUCUAUCAUCCGCAUCAGCAUCAGCAGCUCUAUCAUCAGCAUCAGCAGCUCUAUCAUCAGCAUCAGCAGCUCUAUCACCAGCAUCAGCAGCUCUAUCAUCAGCAUCAGCAGCUCUAUCAUCAGCAUCAGCAGCUCUAUCACCAGCAUCAGCAGCUCUAUCAUCCGCAUCAGCAUCAGCAGCUCUAUCAUCAGCAUCAGCAGCUCUAUCAUCAGCAUCAGCAGCUCUAUCACCACUCUAUCAUCAAAAAGAUUACGUGUCCGGCAGCAAGUAAGGGUGACUUGCACACACUGUGGCAUUAAAAUAAAUAGAAGAAACUUGCUGGUUCAUAUGAACCGAAGACACAGGCAAAGGGUAGAAGAUAUUACAGCAAAGCGGCACCUAUCAUGCCAAUGCAUUGAUCCCAAAAAUGGCAUCUUUGCUGUUGAUAAGUCGUUUUUUAAACCAUGCUCUCCUAUACACGUUAAAAAAAAAACAUGGGGUGCAAGCCAGAAAAUAACCUGCGAAUUGGACGAAUGCAAUGCAAAUGCUGAAUUUGCAGUGAGGAGUGGAAUUCUACCUUAUGAGUGCAAUCAUCUCAAGUCAUUGCUCUUCUGUCCCCGCUCAGAAACUGCACCCAUCAUUUUAGAUGAGGAGACAUUGACAGAUAUGGUUUCUUGUAGGUUUUUUGGGGAUGCAAGGAAGCAGAGUUGCUUAAACCAGCAAAAGGCAUCUACUGAUGCAGGUGUUCCACUUUCUGUUGAGGUGACUGUUGGAGGGCCUCCAUCCAAAAAGUUAAUUUCAAUAUAUGAGCCAAAAGUGUCAUACUACAGCAGACUGGGCAGGGUAAUAGCUGCAUAUGAUUCAAAAAAGAAGUCUUGGCACUGUCCAUGUGCCAAACCAAGACAGUCAUGUCUUCAUAAAUCAAUUGCAAAAUGGCAUCUUUUUAGUACUGACCGACAUCUGUUCAUGACUGCCGAGAGUGAUAUAAGGCCAGAUGCAGUUGUGAAUAAUCAAGAGACUGAUUCUGUAUGCGAAGCAACGCCAGGUGGAGAUGGGGGACAAGCAUAUCCUCCUGAUGAUGCAGGCCUUCAAAGGAUGGUUCACUAUUUAAUGCAAAAAAAAGGUCUUCCUGCCCAACUACCCCAACAUUUGGUCACUGGUUCCAAAUCUUUGCAAGAUCUUCCAAGUCAGUUGAUACCAAAAGAAACAUCAUGCGUGGAGUGUGCCGGGCAACUUACUGAGCCAAUGCUCAUAACAGCACAUGCCAAACUUGUCACAUAUACUGGUGUUGUAGAAGGCUUUUCUACAUACUGCAGGGCAUGUCCUGACUGUGGGCUGAUGUACAGAUAUCAAGAAUGGAGUGAUGGAAUUCACAAUUUCAAUGACCAUAUGCUCAUUACCCUUCAUUUGUGUAUUGUACUACGUACAUCAAUUCAGACUCACCAUUCUGUAAGCCGAGCAAUUGAAGUGCUUGAGCAAACAGAAAAUAAGACCUUCCCUAAAAAAGCCACAAUACUCCACGCCUACAUGCACUUUGAAGCCAUGACCUCACACAACUAUUUAUUUUCUUGUUACAAAUGUGGAUACUAUCCACCAGUGGUGGUCAUGGACCUUCACAGAAAGGGUGUAUUCAAUAUGCCUGUAAGUGAAAUGGAGGCUCCACCAGCACACUUUGAUGGCACUGUCGAUACCAAACAAUUUUGGGACUCUGUGAUGUCUGAAAUCAUUUGCAGUGGAUUACUUGCUUGUGGCCGAAAGAACCCGUUUGUGGUUGCUCCAAGUUAUACCAACUGGGCUCCUUGGAUUGGACCAAAAACUAGAAGGGAUGACACCGUUUUUAACACAGAACAUGAAAAGUUUCAUGCACCAAGACAGGCUACUGAAAUGGCAGAUCACCAAAUGACAGAGGAGAGGCUUCAAGAUGCACUAAUUAAUCUCAAGGUGGACAUGGUUCGAAAUCUGUGCAAACAAUGUGGCCUGGACUCAAAAGGCUCAAAAAUGGACCUCAUCCUAAGACUGCGGGAUGAAAUGAAGAACAGGUCAUCUUACGACAAGAUCUUUGAGAAGGUCUGGGGAGCUUCAGGUGGUUGGGCAGUUGUUAUGUGCCCCUGUGCAGUGGUAUACUCAAUCAAAUUUAAUUUAAGAGCAGAGAGUCCCAGAGACUAUGCUGACAUUUUGCUUAGCUGGAAGCACUUCCCAAACAUUGCCAUAUAUGACUUUGCAAGGGGACUGGCAACACACACCAACUUGAGGGAGCCUGAAAUUAGGAGCUGCAAAUAG